AUGACCUUCUUCACUGGCUCGUUCAACCCGCUCGUGCACAGAGACCUGCAACAUACCCAGCUCGGUAUCCAUCGCUGCAAGCUCAAGACCCGCUCAAUGCCUUGUGAGCGGUCGGUGGUGAAGCGGCUGGGCUUGAACUGGCGCUGGUCGGCUCUGGUCAUAGACGGUCGCAGGUCGUUGGUCGCGGACGGGUGCGCGUCGGGUGGCUGGGACGCGCGGGCGUGUGGACAGACACGGACAUACGCGGACUGCUCGGGCUCGUGCAGUGCAUCCUAUGCCGAUGCGGACUGGCGCUGGCGAUGUCCUCGGGCGUGUGCGGGUGGCACGCGAGACGCGAUGCCUAUUCCUGCGCGGUUUGGGGCUGGCGUGUACGGUAAGGUGGACGGGUGCGCAGAUCUCGUGCGGCGGUGCACGCGAGCAGGGGCGACGGUGUGCGGGAGCUCGCGGGGCUUUCUUGCUGGGACUGUGAGCGUGGCCUGGCUGAGUGCGGCUGCGACGACGACAAUUUUCGGUAGCUGUCGCAGCAGCGGGUGGCGGCGGACGGCGGCGGUUGACGGUGGAGGAUGGCCGGAAAAAGAUGAUCUUCAAGGUUACAUUAGGGAUCUUAAGGAGGGAGGUGGGAUGGAGGAGGAGGAGGUCGUGAAUGACGUGUUGUGGGAGAAGAUGGUAGCGCCUGGGAUGUGGGAGAGGACUUAG